GCGCAGGCGUACACCACGUACACCGAUGCACCGAGCCUCCGCUGGAUGCUAGCCGGCUAAGCUAACGGUCCGAAGGGGAACCGCGGCGGAGGAGAAGCAGCUCCGAGAGAUGGCCGGGCAACAGUUCCAGUACGACGACAGCGGCAACACCUUCUUCUACUUUCUCACCUCCUUCGUGGGGCUCAUUGUGAUCCCGGCCACAUAUUACCUGUGGCCCCGGGACCAGAACGCUGAACAAAUCCGUCUGAAGAGCCUGCGGAGGGUCCAUGGCAGGUGUUUGUGGUAUCGGCUUCGGCUGAUGAAGUCGCAGCAGAGCAUUGUUCCAACACUAAAGAAAGCAGCCCUGUUGUUUGGAUGGGCUGUGUUCCUGCUGCUAGCUUACAAGGUGUCCAAACUGGAACGAGAGUACCAGGAGUAUAACCCCUAUGAAGUCCUCAACCUGGACCCGGGCGCGUCACUGUCAGAAAUCAAGAAGCAGUAUCGAAUUCUGUCGCUGAAGUUCCAUCCUGACAAAGGAGGAGAUGAGGCCACCUUCAUGAGGAUCGCCAAAGCUUACGCUGCUCUGACCAACGAACAGUCGCGGCAGAACUGGCUGAUCCACGGCAACCCGGAUGGUCCAGGAGCCACCAGCUUCGGUAUCGCUCUGCCUGCCUGGAUUGUUGACCAGAAGAACUCGAUGCUGGUUCUGCUGGUGUACGGACUCGCCUUCAUGGUCAUCCUUCCUGUAGUCGUGGGCACGUGGUGGUACCGUUCGAUCCGAUACAGUGGAGACCAGAUCCUCAUCAACACUACACAACUCUUCAUGCAUUUCAUGUACAAGACACCGAACAUGAACAUGAAGCGAUUAGCCAUGGUGCUAACAGCAGCCUUUGAGUUCGACCCUCGCAGCAAUAAAGAAGCUACGAUACGACCCACAGACAACAUUGAGGUGCCACAGUUGAUCCGUGAAUUAGGAAACAUCAACGUGAAGAAGAAGGAGCCUCCGUUCUGUUAUCCCUACAGCCUGAAGGCCAGAGUCUUAGUUCUGGCUCACCUGGCUCGGAUGGACGUGUCCGAGGAGUUGGAGGAAGAUCAAAGGUUUGUGGUGAGGAAAAGUCCGGCUCUCCUCCAGGAGAUGAUCAACGUUGGCUGUCAGCUGACCAUGAUGGCUAACAGCCGAGGAGGUUUCCAUGCACCUCGUCUGGUCACCAUAGAGAACUGCAUGAAGCUGACCCAGAUGAUAGUUCAGGGCCUGCAGGAGUCCAAGUCACCGCUCCUGCAGCUGCCACACUUCGAGGAGGAACAUCUGCGCUACUGCAUCUCUAAGAAGUAUAAAGUCCGGACCCUCCAGGACUUGGUGAGUCUGAAGGACUCCGACAGACGCUCAAUGCUUCGUUUCCUCGGGGAGGAAAAGUACGACGAGGUCAUGGCCGUGCUGGGCAGCUUCCCUCACAUCACCAUGGAUACCAAACUGCAAGUCCUGGAUGAUGAAGACAGCAAUAACAUCACAGCCGGUUCCAUCGUCACGGUUACCGUCACCUUAACCAGGAAACGGAUGGCGGACAUGUUUGAGAAAGAACAGGAGUCAACGCCGUGUCUAGGAGAGGAAGCCGCCGCCACAGAGGACGCACAAGGAGACACGAGUAAAACCAAAACCAAAGUGUGGCAGAACAAGAGUAAAGGAGCAAAGAAGACAGCCAAGUCCAAGAAGAAAAAAUUAACCAAGAAGAAGGCGACUCCGGCUCCGGCAAAAACCAAGCAGGCCAACGGCAACGUGGCAGGAAACGAAGUCGUAGCAGCGACGUCAACGGCGGCAGCGAAGGAGGAAGAAGACGAGGCGUCGGAUAAAGGCAGCGAAUCAGACGAGGGCGAAGCCAACAAGGACUCUCCCAGCGAGAGAGACGAAGACAGCGACAAGCAGAGCGACACGGAGGUGGACGAGAUGGCCGGAGAUGACGAGGAGGAGUGGGAGGCGCUGCAGCAGAGCAUCCAGAGAAGAGAGAGAGCUCUGCUGGAAACCAAGUCCAAGGUCACGCAUCCCGUCUACAGCCUCUACUUCCCCGAGGAGAAGCAGGAGUGGUGGUGGCUCUACAUCGCAGACCGCCGGGACCAGACGCUGGUGUCCAUGCCCUACCACGUCUGCACGCUAAAAGACACCGAGGAGGUGGAACUGAAGUUUCCGGCUCCAUCCAAAACAGGAAACUACCAAUAUUCUGUAAUCCUGCGCUCUGAUUCCUACCUGGGCCUGGACCAGAUCAAACCACUCAAGCUGGAGGUCCACGAGGCGAAGGCGAUGCUGGACAACCAUCCCCAGUGGGACAUCCCGGACACCGAGGAGGAGGACGAGGAGCAGGAGGACAGCGAUGGCAUCGAGGAGAGCGAGGACGACGACGAGGACAACGACUGAGCGCGCUCAGAGCCCCACUCCCACGGACAUCCACCCCCCGCCCCCUCACCGACCCACCGGACAGUUUGUACACCCAGAGCCCAUUGACCCCAAACAAAGAACCUGUCCUCUGCAGAGACUGGUCACCUUCUGGAGGACCCUGUGAAUACUAACACACCAGUCUGUGUGUGUGAGUGUGUGUGAGGUAUGUUUGUAAAGGUGUGGUAGGAGGACCUACUGUUAUUACUGGACUACGUGGGCUCCGCUCCGGUUUCUGCGGGGCUCAGGGGGACGAUAAUUCAUUCACAAAAUUAACACAAACACAUGACCUCCGUCUGGAAAAAAAACCCCACACUCUGUUUUUUAACGUCACUCAGCACGGAAGGUUCCACACCAAUGAUACUUUCUAUUGUAAACUGCAGAAGCUUUUCCUCAUCGUUGAGUAUUUUUACUUUUGUCCUCACUGUACAUUGACGGUAGAUUCAUGUCUGUUCUGGUGGAAGCCGAUGGAUCUUUAAACAAACCAAACAACCAAACCUGCAGUGUUAAGAUUUGUCACAACUGACAUUAUAUAUAUAUACACACACACAUAUAUAUUAGAGAUACUCGUGGGGUUUUCAGAGAAGUAAUUUCUUCUUUCUUUUUUUAUUUUUACAAUCGUAGCACAUUCCAGCGUUCUCUCAUCAUCCGAUAAAGGCCUUAUAUAAAUACAACUGAAGCUCCACGAUGUGAACCGAAGGAGGAGAAGUUUUAGUGUAAAAAUCUACAGAGUUUGUUUCAGUUUAGCGAACUUUAGCUGCUCAGAGACACAUAUCGCUCAUCUCAGCUAAGCUACAUUAGCAUCUGCAAAAAACUCCAAAUAUGUGCAGCCGGGGUCAAUUGAUUAUUAGUAAUCAUCUCAACGAUUAUCCUUUCAUCCGAUUGGCCACACUCGACGAGGAACAGCCAAUCUGCUGUCGUGUGUAGUCAAUCGGAUGAAGCAGUGGGCGGGACUUUGCUAAGUCCCCAGAGUUAGUUUUUUUUUUUUUUUUUUUAAAUUUAAAACUAUUAAUUCACAGUUAUUAGAAAAAUAAAUGCAGAAUACUGGAUGUGAUAAUCAGUCAACCCUUAACAUCUACUUUCCACGUGUAAAUCCUCCAAGUGGACGAAAAAGUCGGAUAAAACCUCGAUUAUGGUAUUUACAGAUGUGAAAAGUUUAAGACACAAGGUUUGUAAGACUUCAAAUACACUGCUCAUGUUUGGAAAUGCGUCCUCCAAGUGGACUAGAAAAUUUUCUUAGUUGAAGGAUUCAUACACGUGCCGUAUAUCAACAUAUUAAGUUGUAUGCAGACGAUGGGAUCUAAAUUACUUGCGGACACGGAAAGAACUUUUUGCGAGUGUUUUAGUGUCGGAAUGCAGUACAAAAUUACAUCAUUCUUAGUGUUUUUUUGCAGAAUAUGUCAACUUUUGCAGCCCAGAGUUUGUUCAGAAUAUGUAGAAUUGUACAAAAAAGUUUGAGCUGCACAUCUGUGGAGGGUCUACGUGGACUGUUGCACACUAAAGGUGAUGAUGAAAUUUGAAGAACUCCUCAAAAGUUUAAUAUCUGGAAAGUGAAAUUACUUUGGCUACGAUCCAUGUGAUGUAAAUUCCAUCGUGUCCACAAGAGUUUGUGUGAACCCUUCACAUGCAAGUCGAGAUUUCAGUUGUGCAUUUAUGGGACGCAUCAAAGUCGAGCGUGAAUAUCUGCUGACAAUUUCUGGUUUCACACUUUUUUGUCCACUUGGAGAAUUUGUUCCACACAUGCUCAGUAGAUCUACAUCUUCUGUUGGAGUGGACGGAGGUUCUGUACUCAGUCUGCAGAUACUAAAGUUUACGUCACACGGACCUUUGUGUUUUGCAGAUGCAGGAGCUGUAACCCUGGUUUAACACUGACUUACACAUCUGCAGCGGUUUGUGUUUGAUUGGAGCUUUCUAAACGGUUCUGUUGCAGCAUUUUCAUCUGAACAAAAACAGAAACCUGCAGAACCGAUUCGGUGUUUCUGGCUGAGCUUUUCCUUUAAAAUGGCCGUUUUCCGUCUCAGUAGCUCUAACAAACAUAUGCUUCUGUUGCGUUCUAACGUAGAUUUUUAUUUACAUGUUAGAAAAGUAAACCAGAGCUUCCUCUGCAGCUCUGUGGGUUUUUCACCAUGAACAUCAGCUGCUGUCAUAAUUUCACAGUAAACCGGUGUGUCGGACCGACUUGCCGGCUCUCUUGGGCCAAUCGUUCCUCCUGUAACUGCUCAGCAGGCGUUUGCUAACAGGUUACCUUGUACUCUGAGUAUUUAUCGCUCUGCAAUAGAAUGUAGCAUCAGUGAUUUAAGGCUGUGUGGGAAAAUAACUGCAGUGAGGUUAAAUACGACGCCACAUCUCUCCAUGACCGACCGCAGCCGGGCGUCCCAUCAGUGGGCCGCCUGCCUCAGUUUGGAAAAACUACCCAAUGACUGUCUAUCUGCCACUUUUGUUUACAAAGGAACUGUCAUUGUAAAUGGAAAAAUAUAUUAUUUGUAUUUAAAAUCAUUUCAAAUAAAAACUUUUAAAUGAG